AUGAAAGCACGCUACCAAGAGUCAAAAGAAGAGUCAGAUGGGAUUACGCUGGAAGAUUUUGACUUCAGCGAUGACAAACACGGUGUGGGAAAAAGAGAAGACCAGGAUAGACUUGUUAAAAAAACAGAAAGCACAUCCUCAAGCAGUUCGAAAGACGAUAAUGGCUUGGAGGAGUUCUCAAACAACCAUUUUGUAGUGCUGGACACAGAUGCCAAUCAGGAAGUUGAGAGGGGAAGAAAUGUCGAUGAUGAAGAUGAAAAGAACAAAAAGGAAGAAGGAGAUGAGAAGUCAGCCGGGGCAGGAUCGGAGUCAGAAAGUCCAGAGUCGGACAAGAGCACUGCCACAGAUCAUGAACAUUCAGCCACAAAGAAGAGAAAGAGAGGAGGAAGCAGUUUAAGCGACGAGGAACGUAGGAAAAGAAACACAGAAGCUUCCGCAAGAUUCCGGAUUAAAAGACGGAUGCGUGAACAGGAGAUGAGUGAGCGGCUGACAAAGAUAAGAGCACACAUUGCCGAACUGAAAGUGAAAGAAAAAACACUAAGUAUGGAAAAUGAAUGUCUCAAACGGAUGCUUCUGGGAGAUGCGGCUGUUGGUGCGAUGCUCACGUCGAAAGACGCGUCUGCACAACCGGCCAUUGACACAAUGUCGAAUUACCAGUUGCUAAAUCUGAUGAGACAGAAGUCUGGAGAAGGUUUCCGGAUCACCACUGUGUGA